AUGUCGGUGGCGUCCGUGGGCGUGCGAAUUUCGGAUGACUUCGAUGAGCUCCCGCUGUUCGAAACGCCCCCACUCAACGGGCCCACAGCCCAAAUCGCCACCGCCACGAGGGGCGUGCACAUGAGGGCGGUGGAAAAGCAGGGAGACUUCCUGCUUCUCGAGGCCGACAGCGAGGACGGCGGCCACGGCGGCGGGACGCUGGGGUGGGCGGACGCGUCCUGCGUCGUGCCGACCUCGUUUCCCGCUCUCUACCAGUUUGCAACUGACCUGCCGGAUGCGGUGAGUUUGGUGGUUCGGGCACAGCCGAAGGCCGGCGCCGCGGAGCUUGGCAAGGUGUUCGGGAAGGAUUCGCUCGUAAUGGCCACCGGGAUGGAAGGAGACUACAUCAGCAUGGCCCACCAGGAUCGCGAUGAUCCCGCGUCGCCCCCGCUUCGAGGGUGGAUGCUGACGGCCACCGACGAUCGUGUGCUCCUGUCGGUGAAGCCGGCCUUCUUGGUGGUGCCGGCGCCGGGCCUGCCGGACGGGGUCCAGCUGAGGGUGCGCGCCGCACCGGAGGGCACCGCCGCUGAGGUGAAGCAGGUGUCGGCCGCCCCGGGGACAAUAUUCGAGGUGGCCGAGCAAUCGGCGGAGUGGCUGCGGGUUUUGAUGGGGGACGCGGCGUCGGCUUGGAUGUCGUCCUCCGCCCAGGGGAUGCCGCUCCUCAAGCCGGCGCGAAGAGACGUGUUCAUCAUGGACCCGGCGCUUGCGGCUAAGCACGGAGACGCGGUGAAGCUCGCAGUGAGGGCGGCUCCUUCCCAGGACGGGGCCCCGCUGGGGGAGAUUACCAGCAAGGGGAGGGUGUACUGCUUGGCGACGCGGGGGCCCUGGUUGAGAGUACUAUAUCACGGGCACAGAGAGGCGUGGAUGCUGUCGCAGACGCCGACGGAAGUUCAGCUGCUUGUGCCCGCCGAUUCCGUCGCCGGCGGUGGCAACGCCGUCAGGUCCUCGGCCCCCCCUAAAGCGGCGGCGGCGGGGCCCCCAAAACGACAAGCCGGAGCCCCAGCCACGACGGCGAAGCCUCGUUCGAAGCUGGACGGGAACAGAUACAUGGUGUGCGCCAGACAAGUGACCGUCCGAGAGUACCCGGAGUUCUACGCGCAGGAUGUCGGCGUCGUCCCGGAGGGGGGGAUAGUGCGGGUCUUCGAGGAGAAAGAGGAGAUCAACGAGGCGAAGCAGACCAAAGACGUUUGGGUCCGCGGACAAUCGCCUAACACGGCUGCUGCUGCGGGCUCCCGCACGGGUCUCGUGGAAGGAUGGCUGCUAGCCUUCUCCACCAAGCGGGGGUCUAUGGUAGCCGAAGCGCCGAACGCGCUGGCUGCCCAACACGCGUUUGAGAAACAGGAGGAAGCAGCUACGGCUGCCUCCAAGCCUGCGGUCGUCGACGCCGGCCCACCUCCGGAGGAAAAGGCCGCCGCCGCAGUCACCGCUGCCCCCGCCGCUUCUACCGUGCCGACGACGGCGUCGGUGGGCGGCUACAUGAGAGCGGCGGGACAACUGAAGCUCCGAGAAGAAGCGGAUUCGCUGUCGCUGGAGCUCGGUACCGUGUCUCGCGGGGAGCUGGUUAGGGUCGAGCAGACGUCGGGGUUAUGGGUGCGUGUUCUGUACCGCGGCGAUAGCUCCGGCUGGGUGUUGACGGCGAAUAAGCGAGGGGCGAGCCUCACGCCGGCGGAGGCCGGCCCCGCCGCCGCGGCAAAGGAGUUCCAGGCUCAGGAGGCGGCAGCGGCGGCGGCGGCAGCGGGGUCAGCCGCUAACGGAGCCGGCGAUGAAGACCGCCCACUGACCGGGGCGAAGGCGGGGUCGAAGGCGGGGUCGACAGCUGUAUCGGACGAUAGCGGGAGCCGGGCGGAGGUGGCACGGGCAAGGUCGGCGGCGGCUGCGGCGGCUGCUGCAGCACCGCCAGUUGCGGCCGGAUCGUCGGGGAAGGGCAACGCUGCAUCGGUCGGACAGUUUUUGACUUCUGCUGGGCCGCUCAAGGUUAGGGAGGAGGCCGACCCUUUCUCGUUGGACGUGGCCACAAUGGAGAAGGGACACAUUGUCAAGGUCUUGGAGACCUCUGACAUGUGGGUGCGAGUCUCCUACCGGGGCCGAGACGACGGCUGGGUCCUGACUGCCAACAAGCGGGGCCCCAUCCUCCUCCCCGCAGAAGGCGGCCCCGCCGCCGCCUCCCGGGAGUUCGAUGCGCAGGAGGGCGCCUUCGCCGCGGAAGCCGCUGCCGCCGCCGCCGCUGUGCCGGACGAUGACGAUCGUCCGCUAACAGGCGCGAAAGCGGACGGCGGCAGCGGUGGAAACGGGGCGUGGGCACCGCCGAGCGAGUUUCCGCCGGGUCACAGUAAGGCGGCGGCGGCGGCGGCGGCCGGGGUGGAAGGCUCGAAGGUUGGGCCUGCAGCCGCGGAGGGCGUGGGUCCGGAGUUCUUGGCGACGUCGGGGCCUCUGACGGGCGCGAAACAGACACCUACCGCCCCAGAGGUAAGCGGUCCGGGGGCGGCGGCAGGCGAGGACCGACCACUUACCGGCGGCGGGAAGGGGGCGUGGGUGCCGCCGAGCGAGUUCCCGCCGGGGCAUGAAGGAGGGGCUCCUUCCGGCGGCGGCGGCGGUGGUGGCGCCGUUGGCACGAAAGCGGGUGCCGCUGCGGUGGCGGGAGGAGGCGCCGGGGACGAGGCGGUGUCAGCGGAGUUCUUUACGGCGUUGGGGUUCGUGAAAGUACGGGAAGAGGCGGACCCUUUCUCGAUGGACCUAGGGAGCGUGAGGAAGGGGGAUAUCGUCAAGGUGCUGGAGACGUCCAAGCUGUGGGUGCGUGUUUGCUACCGCGGUCGAGAGGACGGCUGGGUCCUCACCGCCAACAAGCGAGGCCCAACCCUUGUCCCUUCGGAAGACCAAGCCUCCGCCGCGGGGGAGUUCGACGAGCAGGAGGCGGCCUUCGCAGCAAAUGGCGGCGGGGCUCUACCGGAGGACCCGUCCGAUAGACCCCUGACGGGCGCUAAGCCACCUCCGGCUGCCCCUACGGCGGCGACAGGAGCCAGCGAGGAUCGACCGCUGACUGGCGGCGGGAAGGGUGCGUGGGUACCGCCGAGCGAGUUCCCACCGGGCCAAGAAGAUGGACCUGUUAGCAGAGGCGACGGCGGGGACGCUCUUGUCAAGAAGGCAUCGGCGGAAAGCGUCGUCGACGCACCGGGGCAGGGGAAUGAUUCGGCUGGGGAUGAAGCUGUGUCUUCGGAGUACAUGACGGCGUUGGGGUUCGUGAAAGUACGGGAAGAGGCGGACCCUUUCUCGAUGGACCUGGGGAGCGUGAAGAAGGGAGAUAUCGUCAAGGUGCUGGAGGCAUCGAAGCUGUGGGUGCGUGUGUGCUACCGCGGUCGAGAGGACGGCUGGGUCCUCACCGCCAACAAGCGAGGCCCAACCCUUGUCCCUUCGGAAGACCAAGACUCCGCCGCGGGGGAGUUCGACAAGCAGGAGGCGGCCUUCGCAUCAAGUAGCGGCGAGGUUGUACCGGAGGAUCCGUCCGACAGGCCCCUGACGGGCGCUAAGCCACCUCCCGCCGCGCCUACGUCGGCGAUAGGAGACAGCGAGGAUCGACCGUUGACUGGCGGCGGGAAGGGUGCGUGGGUACCGCCGAGCGAGUUCCCGCCGGGCGGAGAAGAUGGACCUGUUGGUGGUGGCGACGACGGGGACGCUCUUGUCAAGAAGGCAUCGGCGGAACGUGUCGUCGACGCAGCGGGGCAGGGGAAUGAUUCGGCUGGGGGUGAAGCUGUGUCUUCGGAGUACUUGACGGCGUUGGGGUUCGUGAAAGUACGGGAAGAGGCGGACCCUUUCUCGAUGGACCUGGGGAGCGUGAAGAAGGGAGACGUCGUUAAGGUGCUGGAGGCAUCGAAGCUGUGGGUGCGUGUGUGCUACCGCGGUCGAGAGGACGGCUGGGUCCUCACCGCCAACAAGCGAGGCCCAACCCUUGUCCCUUCGGAAGACCAAGACUCCGCCGCGGGGGAGUUCGACAAGCAGGAGGCGGCCUUCGCAUCAAGUAGCGGCGGGGUUGUACCGGAGGAUCCCGCUGAUAGACCCCUGACGGGCGCUAAGCCACCUCCCGCCGCGCCUGCGGCGGCGACAGGGGACAGCGAGGAUCGACCGUUGACUGGUGGCGGGAAGGGUGCGUGGGUACCGCCGAGCGAGUUCCCGCCGGGCGGAGAAGAUGGACCUGUUGGUGGUGGCGACGGCGGAGACGCUCUUGUCAAGAAGGCAUCGGCAGGAAGUGUCGUCGACGCAGCGGGGCAGGGGAAUGAUUCGGCUGGGGGUGCAACUGUGUCUUCGGAGUACAUGACGGCGUUGGGGUUCGUGAAAGUACGGGAAGAGGCGGACCCUUUCUCGAUGGACCUGGGGAGCGUGAAGAGGGGAGACAUCGUCAAGGUGCUGGAGACGUCUGAGCUGUGGGUGCGUGUGUGCUACCGCAGUCGAGAGGACGGCUGGGUCCUCACCGCCAACAAGCGAGGCCCAACCCUUGUCCCUUCGGAAGACCAAGACUCCGCCGCCGGGGAGUUCGACGCGCAGGAGGCGGCCUUCGCCAAUUCCGCCGCAAAUGACGCCGGGGCUGUACCGGAGGACCCGUCCGACAGACCCCUGACGGGCGCUAAGCCACCUCCCGCUGCACCUACGGCGGCAUCGGGCAGCGUAGCUGGAGACGGCGAUGAACGGGCAUUGACUGGCGGCGGGAAGGGUGCGUGGGUACCGCCGAGCGAGUUCCCACCGGGCCAAGAAGAUGGACCUGUUAGCAGUGGCGACGGCGGGGACGCUCUUGUGAAGAAGGCAUCGGCAGGAAGUGUCGUCGACGCAGCGGGGCAGGGGAAUGAUUCGGCUGGGGAUGAAGCUGUGUCUUCGGAAUACAUGACGGCGUUGGGGUUCGUGAAAGUACGGGAAGAGGCGGACCCUUUCUCGAUGGACCUAGGGAGCGUGAAGAAGGGGGACAUCGUCAAGGUGCUGGAGACGUCCAAGCUGUGGGUGCGUGUGUGCUACCGCGGUCGAGAGGACGGCUGGGUCCUCACCGCCAACAAGCGAGGCCCGACCCUUGUCCCUUUGGAAGACCAAGCCUCCGCCGCAGGGGAGUUCCACAAGCAGGAGGCGGCCUUCGCCGCAAGUAGCGGCGGGGCUGUACCGGAGGAUCCGUCCGACAGACCCCUGACGGGCGCCAAGCCACGUCCCGCUGCCCCUUCCGCGGCGAUAGGAGGCAGCGAGGAUCGACCGUUGACUGGCGGCGGGAAGGGUGCGUGGGUACCGCCGAGCGAGUUCCCACCGGGCCAAGAAGAUGAACCAGCUUCGUCUGGUGGAAGUGGCCAAGUCGGGGAUGACGCCUUCAGCGUGAAGCCGUCGGCAGGAGGGGGAGUUGACGCAGGGGGGCAGGCGGAUGGUUCUGUUGAGGGUGAAGCUGUAUCUCCGGAAUACUUGACGGCGUUGGGGUUCGUGAAAGUACGGGAAGAGGCGGACCCUUUCUCGAUGGACCUGGGGAGCGUGAGGAAAGGGGAUAUCGUCAAGGUGCUGGAGACGUCCAAGUUGUGGGUGCGUGUGUGCUACCGCGGUCGAGAGGACGGCUGGGUCCUCACCGCCAACAAGCGAGGCCCGACCCUUGUCCCUUCGGAAGACCAAGCCUCCGCCGCGAGGGAGUUCCACAAGCAGGAGGCGGCCUUCGCAUCAAGUAGCGGCGGGACUCUACCGGAGGAUCCCGCUGAUAGACCCCUGACGGGUGCUAAGCCAAAGCCACCUCCCGCCGCGCCCACUGCGGCGACAGGGGACAGCGAGGAUCGGCCGUUGACUGGCGGCGGGAAGGGUGCGUGGGUACCGCCGAGCGAGUUCCCGCCGGGCCAAGAAGAUGGACCCGUUUCUUACGGUGGCGGCGGAGGUAGCACCGGGGGCGUCACGCCAGGGCCGGAGGACGAACGGCCAUUGCGCGCGGCGCAGAAAGCGGAGGGCGAAGAGGGUGCUGCGAGUGGUGGAGCGGUGUCGGGGGGCGAUGAGGUUCCCGUGGAGUACAUGAAGGCGCUCGGAGUGAUCAAGCUUCGGGAAGAAGCGGACCCGUUCUCCAUGGACCUUGGGGUGGUUCAGAAGGAGCACGUGGUCAAGGUGUUGGAGAUGAAGGACUUGUGGGCUCGAGUGGGGUACCGAGGCAAGACGGACGGCUGGGUGCUUACGGAGAACAAGAGAGGCAAGAUGCUCACGGCUGCGGAGGACCAGGAAGAGGCGGAGGCGGCGUGGGCAGAACAGGAGCAAAACGCCUCGCAAGACGACGGGAACGACAACGUCCCACCGGCAUCAAGGGACGACCGCCCGAUCGGAGGGAAGCGGUCCACCCAGCUCGACGGGUUCGACCCAGGAGCAGACAGCGGGGGUCUGGAGACAACCGGGGCAGCCUCUUCAUCUUCAGGAAACGGUGGCGGGGGGGUCCUCGACACUUCGAGCCAGGCGGCGGUGGGUACGGACGGGGGGCCAGCGGAGCCCCCGGCGGGCGGGCUCAAGCCGUGGCAGGGGCGAAGAAAAGUCGCGUCUUCUCGAAAGCCAGCGGCGGAACGAGGGGGAGAGGACCAGGCGGAAGCCGCCGCCGCCGCCGCGCCCCCCGCUAAGCCCUGGCAGAGAAGGGGCGCUGCGAAGUCUGAUCCGCUUGCCGAUGGUACGGAGGAGGCGGUACCAGCGGCGGCGCCCGCAAAGCCUUGGCAGACAAAGAAGGCCGGUGCCCUGCCGAAGGACUCGACUGCUGAGGUCGGUGGUAGUGCUGGUGACGAGGCGGGCGAUUCCGCAGCGGCGGUGGAAGAAACCGCUGCUCCGGUCAAGCCUUGGCUUAAGAAGAAGCGGCCCGGUGGCGGCGAUAGGGCCGGCGCCGUCCCCGACGGUGGUAGUAGCGACAAGCCGGGCGAUAACGACGCCGUCGUAGCUAAGCCUUGGGAGGCGGAUGCGAGGGCGGCGUCUGAGACGGUCGAGGAGGCUGCUGUGAUGCCGGAAGGGGUUGGGCGGGGAGCGGGAGAGGGGGGUGUUAGUGCCGGCGGGGAGGAUGGCCUCGCGGGACUGGAGGCGUGCCUGGAGGAGAGGGAUUGGAAGAAGAGGGUGGCUGUGUUCGAGGCGGCCUCCCUCGCCUGCCGGAGCCGCGUCGAAGGGGCCGCCGGCAAGGUAGGCCCGCUACUGCCGCGCAUGCUCCAAGACAAGAAUGUUCAGGCCGUAGACGCCGCGGUGGACACCCUGACGGCGUACCUCUCGCUACGGUCUACCAUGGGCGCCGAAGAAGGCUCCUCCCUAGCCUCCGCCCUGGCCGAGCGCGCUCUGUGCUGCGGCCGCGCCCCCGUUGAGGCAAAAGCAGACGCCGCCGCCGCCACCCUGCUGGCCGGCGCCGGCGGCAGCGGCGGCCUCGCCCGCCGCGGGGCCUGGCUUGCCCUAGCGGCCCGCGCCGGCGGGCUUGAGAACGAGUUCUUCCCUCCCGGCGGGGAGGAGGGCGGGCGUGGGAGGAGUAAGGUGGCCGCGGCGGCGCCGAAGGCGGUGACCGGAUGCGUGAGGGCUAUGUCGGCGGGGAUGGGGAAGGGCAGGACCGUCGUCGCUGGCGGGGGGGAUUCCCGCAAGGAGGUGUACUCAGCGGCGAAGGCUAUGCUGGGAAGCUCGAAGCUGCCCGUGAAGAUGGCAGGCAUUUCCCUCUCGGGUGCUCUCUACGCUGCGGAAGGGGACGUCGCCAGGGAUGACCUUGGGGUGGAGGGCAUGGAGGCUCGUAUCAAAUCUCAGCAACAAUAG